GGAAAGAAUGGUCCACGACGACUUACGAGUGGAGUGGAUACGACAGGUUGUAUCUGCCGGCCUCAAUUUAGCCAACUGCUCCGAUCCCGACUGUUUCGAUCAACUUCUCAGUCGGGAAGAUGGAGAAGAGGAAGACAAAAUCGUUCUUUAUUUGGACAGCAUCGUGGAAGAGUUACCAUCAACUCUUCUGUUUUACAGAACUAUUAGAGAGGAAGAAAUUGAAGUUGAAGUUCCUAUCGAGGAGACACAAGAUGAAGACUUCACAGAACCUGACAACAUGCCCUUUAGGAGGACUGAGGUCAAAGUGGUCUAUCACACCGAGCUGCAUGUAGCAGUAAACCAUCACCCAGAGAGAUUUUUGAAGUCUCUUGUCUUCUACUUUCUCAGGAGAACAAAAGAUAGGAUUGUUGUACCUGCGGAUAUGAAUGAAGCAUACAAACUGUUACCCAAGCUGUUUGAUAGUGGAAUGCACAGCGGAGACCCCCUUCAGGUGCUGCGGGACAAACUCGUCCAUGUCUAUAUACCCUUGUUUACGGCCCAGAGGACAAAAACUGAAGCGGGUAACCAAAAUCAAGAAGAGUCUCCUCAAAAGGAGAUCAGUGGUGAGGAUGAAGAUGUAAAUCAAGUGGAGCAAAGUCAGCCAUUCAUGCUUCGUGAUGACUUGCUCAACAGGACACACAAGUUUUUGGGAGUGGUCAACUCAACUCUCCUCAAGCUUCAGAUUGCAGAUAACAUUUCACUGCACAUCCCUGAGCUCGACCUGGAGCCGGAGGUGGACAUAUUGCUUUCUAAUCCAGAGAUGGUAGAGAAGUUGGAGCAGUGUGUCAUGAACUGGCAAAUUCAGAUAACUACUGUUAUUGAGGAGCAGCAAAACAAAAACCCAACGGCACCCAGCCCUUUGGCCGAAAUAGCACUUUGGCAGGAGCGUGCAUCUGUGCUGAGUGCUCUCAGCGAGAAGCUCAAGCAGCCUGUGAUAGACAAGAUCUUGAAGGUGAUGACAAAAGCUGAUCCAGGCAUUGUUCAGACUCUGGAAGGAACAGUCUCUGAACUUACCAAAUACCGUUUGGAGUCAGAUGAUAACCUGCGCUUUCUCAAGAUACUGGAACGACACUUCAUGAAUCUGGCCACUGGAUCAAGCUUUGGUAUGAUCCUAGAGAACAUUCCCCCACUGAUGGAGAGCCUGGAAAUUGUAUGGCUGACCUCUUGCCAUUACAACACAAAUGAGCUCAUGGUCCCUCUAAUGGAGCGUAUUGCCUGGCAGCUCUGUGACCGUGUGGCUGGAGGAAUCCAUGUCUGCAGACUUUUCAAAGAUAAGAGGGACGUGGACAAAUCCAUGGUGCAUGAAGCCAAGCAGGUUCUGGAUCAGUGGAAGUCAUCCUAUUUUGAGGUGCGCUCUGAAAUCGAAGAAAUGGGCAGGGGACCCCGCUGGGAGUUUGACCGCAAGAAACUGUUUGAGAGGACUGAUUACAUGGCUUCAGUUUGCCAGGACCUGUACUCUGUUUUGGAGACUUUGGAGGAGUUCUAUAACAUCUUCGGCCCAGAGCUAAAAGGUGUGACUGGUGACCCAAAAUGCAUUGAUGAAGUGCUGUGCAGGGUGGAUGCUCUGGUCGUGCCAAUUGAGAAAUUUGGAUUUGAUCUUUUCGACAUCCUUAAGAUGAGCAGCUGGAAAGCGAUCAUGCAAGAGUUCAACACUAUGGUUCAGGCUAUUGAGGAAGAGGCCAUCACCUUAAUUGAUCAGUGUUUUAAGACGCUGCGUUCCUCAUCUGCUGCCUUAGAGAUGGUGCUGAAAUUCAAACCCAUCCGCUCCAGAAAGGCUAUCAACAACCAUCUGAAGAUGAAGUUUAAUGACAUUGUGACCCAGUAUUGCAAAGAGGUGGACAGCAUAAAUGAAAUCUUUGAGGCAGAGAAAGACAAACCACCCUUAUAUAAGAGUGACCCACCUGUGGCUGGAGCCAUCAGAUGGGUUCGAUAUCUUUUCCAUCGCAUCAAACAAACCAUCCUUCCCUUCUUGAAAGUGCCAGAGAUGCUGGAGAACGAACAGUUCAAAGCGGCCAAAAACAAGUAUGUGGAAAUGGCAGGCAAGUUCAAGGACUAUGAAGUGAAGAAAUAUCAGUGCUGGAUGGAAGAGACGGAAAACAGCUUGCCAUUUCUAAUGAAAAAGUCCCUGUUGGUCAUGAUCAGGGAAAACCCAAUCCAGUCAGAUGAUUCACCACCAUCUGAAACAAGUCUAUGGAGGGAUGUGCUGUACUCUGUGAACUUUGAUCCACAGAUCAAUGAAAUAAUUGAUGAGACGAAGGACCUUGUGUCACUGGACUUCUCUGUGCCUGAUAUGGCUGAAAACAUAGCUCUACGACAACGCGAAUUCAGGAGUUAUAAAAGUGACCUGAAGAAGGUUGUCAACUCCUACCACUCUAUAUUGAACACCCUGAGUGAGGCACAUAUCGAUAUGAUGGCUCCACAGAUUGAAGCAGUCACAAAAGAGAUGAGUUUUGGAUGCAAAAGACUCAACUGGAAUUCCUUAGGGAUCCCCCACUUCAUCGGCCAAGCCCUUCAGGCUGUGUCUAAAUUUGAGUCACUUGUCAGUCAGAUUCACAACAAUGAGAAGGAAAUUGAAUUUAAGUUGCAAUCCAUGGCGACGGCCAACUUACUUAAAUUUCGGGUACCGGAUAAAUCGAACGACCUACCAGGUGUGAAGGAGUUCUGUGAAAACAUUGAGCAAGAACGGGCCAGGAAUGUGAAUGUACUGAGCAGGAAGUAUGCAGACAUUGGAUCCCUCAUCACUAAGACGGAAUUUUUGAUCAUGGAGACCAGUAGCAGUAAAGCCAAAAGUAUGGCAAAUUACUACAUGUACUGGGAACGCAAGGUGCUAGACUCCCUUAUAAAGAUGGUGCUGAGGAAUCUUCAGGCCCUCAACAUGGCGCUCAUGGGAAACACAGCUCUUUUCCAAAUUGAUGCCAUUCUGUCUGCCCCUAAAAUAGUGUUGCAGCCCCGAAGCAAUGAGAUUUACGGACUGAUCAUGCAAUUGAUCAAAGACUGUGUAGAGAGCACCAAGAAUUUUGUGCGUUGGAUGCAUGGGACCUGCAUUAAGUGCCCUCCACAGCAUGUGGAAGGUGAGGUGGUGAUGUUUAGCUUCUUCACUGAAGUGUGGCAGCAUCCGCAGGUAAAUGAGUGUGCGAUGACAGUGUCCCAGAACACCCAGCGACUUCUCCUCAACAUGGAUCGUUACCUUAAACACUGGAAACGUUAUCGGCCUCUUUGGGAGAGUGACAAAACCAUUGUCAAUGAAAAGUUUGCUGCAAACAAACCAUCCUGUGUCAUGUAUGAUGAUAAGCUGCAGUUCCUAACUGGGAUCCUUCAGGAAGUUAUGCUGGAGCCUCUGUUUAAGAAUGAGCAUGCCAUCCAUCUAAACCUGGAGCCUCUGGCUCACACAGUGCAAAAGAUUGCGGAGGCCUGGAUCACUUCACUAGGUAGCUUCCUCAUCAAGCCUGCCAAAGAGGAUCUCUUCACCUUGAGAGAUGAGCUCACGCAACUCUCUAGGAAGCUGAAAGAAUUCCCAGACACUUUUGAAGAACUGAGAUCUAUCCUUGGCACCAUCUCAGAUAUCAGGGACAUGGCUUGUAAUGUGGAGCUGAGAUUCACUGACAUUCAGGAACGAUACCGAACACUGGCCAUGUACAAAGUUGAGGUUGCGGAGGACGAACUGCAGUUGGUGGCUAAUAUUGGUCGGAUGUGGAAUGAACAGUUUACAGAAUCCAUUCAAGUGGAUCGGAGUCUGGCUGAUGUGAAGAAAUCAUUUACUGAGAUUACAAAGGAGAAGAUUGAAGAGUUUAAACAAGAGUUGUCUAUCUUUGCUGAAAGCUUCAGCAUGCAUGGUCCUGGUGCUGUGGGCAAUGAUUUGGAGAAAGGACUGGCAAUUAUAGAAAAAUAUGAGGAAGACCUUGCAAAGUUAGUGGCAGAACGCCAGGAGCUAACUAAUGCUGAGAAGCUGCUGGACCUACCAAUCACUGUGUAUCCAGAUGUUAUCAGCAUGCAGAAGGACAUGAAUGGCUUGAGACUGAUAUAUGAUCUGUAUAAAGAUCAGAAGGAUGCAAAGGCUGAGUGGUCUCAAAUCCUGUGGGCAGAUUUGAACAUCCAGUUGCUUCAAGAAGGUGCUGAAGGUUUCCUCGGGAGGCUGAGGCAGCUGCCCAAAGAUGCGCAGGUGUUGUCUGUGGCCUUCUACCUGGAAGGACACAUGAAAGAGUUUAGGGAGUCUCUGCCUCUUCUGCUGGACCUGAAGAAUGAGGCCCUCAGAGACAGACACUGGAAGGAGCUGAUGGAAAGGACUGCCACUAGCUUUGAGAUGAACACAGACAGCGUCACCCUGGAGAAUAUGUUUGCGAUGGAGUUGCACAAAUAUGCAGAUGUCAUAGGUGACAUUGUCCACUCUGCUGUGAAGGAGCUCAGUAUUGAAAAGGGUGUGAAGGAGGUGGUGGACACCUGGGAAAACAUGAAAUUCAGCCUGCAGCCCUACUUCCUAGGUACACAGGAGCAUUGCUCCAUUCUGGGUGCGGUGGAUGAGAUCCAGCUGAAUGUGGACAACGAUCUCAUGAACUUACAGAGCAUGGCUGGCAGCCGUUUUGUUGGGCCUUUCCUUGGCAUCAUACGGCAAUGGGAAAAAGAUUUGUCCCUUAUCAGUGAGACAAUAGAGGUAUGGUUGUUGGUUCAACGAAAAUGGAUGUACCUGGGGAGCAUAUUCAUCGGUGGAGACAUUCGCUCAGAGUUGCCCGAGGAUGCUAAGAAAUUUGAUAACAUACACAAAGAAUUUAAGACUUUAAUGAGUAACACAGAACAGGGUCCAAACAUUAAGCAGUGUUGCCUCAGUCCCAACCGACUAACGGACCUGCAGGCCCUGAGUGAUGAUCUAGAAAGGUGCCAGAAGAGUCUCAAUGACUACCUGGACUCAAAGCGGAAUGCAUUUCCUCGCUUCUUUUUCAUUUCUGAUGACGAACUGCUCAUCAUUCUUGGGAGUAGUGACCCUGCCUGUGUCCAGGAGCACAUGAUCAAGAUGUAUGACAACAUAGCUUCUCUGAGAUUUGAUGUGGGAAGCAAAGGGGAUACAGUAGUUGGAGCUAUGGUGUCGGCUGAGGGUGAGGUGAUGGAGCUGAGGAAACCUGUGCCAGUAGAGGGCAGAGCAGAAGAGUGGAUGAUGGGGGUACUAAUGGAAAUGAGGAAGACUAAUAGGCUCAUCACCAAGGAGGCAAUCUUCUAUUACUGUCAAGACAGGAGUAGGGUCGAUUGGAUGUUCCUGUACCAGGGCAUGGUGGUGCUGGCUGCAAACCAAGCGUGGUGGACCUGGGAGGUAGAGGACGUCUUUAAAAAUGUGAAGAAAGGGGAGAAGCAUGCAUUCAAGAACUAUGCUGAAAAAAUGCACCAGCAGAUUAAUGAACUGGUAACACGCAUUACUCAGCCUAUGAAGAAAAAUGAAAGACGAAAGUUGAACACGGUGCUUAUCAUAGAUGUCCAUGCAAGAGACAUUGUCGACAGCCUUAUGCAAAACAGUUUAAUGGAUCCACAAGGAUUUGAGUGGGAAAGCCAACUAAGAUUCUACUGGGUUCGUGGACAAGACAACCUGUUUGUGCGUCAGUGCGCUGCUUCCUUCUCGUAUGGCUACGAAUACAUGGGGUUGAAUGGUAGACUGGUUAUAACCCCAAUGACAGACCGGAUCUAUCUCACCCUCACUCAGGCUCUUUCAAUGCACCUGGGUGGAGCUCUUGCUGGACCAGCUGGCACAGGAAAGACGGAGACCACCAAAGACCUGGCUAAAGCUUUAGGCCUACUCUGUGUGGUUACAAGCUGCACCGAGGGAAUGGAUCACAUGGCCAUGGGUAAGCUCUUCUCUGGCCUCGCCCAGUGUGGAGCUUGGGGCUGCUUUGACAGAUUAAACCGUAUCAGUGCUGCAGUGUUGUCAGUUAUCGCCUCCCAAAUCCAGACAAUCCGCAACGCUCUCAUUCUACACUGCAAAAGGUUUAAUUUUGAAGGGCAAGAGAUCAGCUUGGAUGACCGCAUGGGGAUUUUCAUCACUAUGAACCCUGGUUACCCAGAAUGUACAGAGCUCCCAGAUUCAGUCAAAGUCCACUUCAGGCCAGUGGUGGUCAUUGUGCCUGACUUGCAGCAGAUUUGUGAGAUUAUUCUCUUCUCUGAAGGCUUUCUAACAGCCAAGGUUCUUGCAAAGAAGAUGACAGUAAUGUAUAAACUGGCUUGUAACCAGCUGUCCAAGCAGCCUCAUUAUGACUUUGGCCUGCGAGCUCUGAAGUCUGUCCUUGUGAUGGCUGGACAGCUGAAGAAAGAUUCAGGGUCCCUCAGUGAGGACAUGCUGUUGAUGCGUUCUCUGAAGGACAUAAACUUGCCAAAGCUUGUAUCUGAGGAUGUCCCUGUGUUCCUCGGGCUGCUUUCAGACCUGUUUUCUGGGCUGGACUGUCCUCGUGUUCUGGUUCCCAGCAUCAGUGAUGCCGUGGAGCAGAUCCUGCAAGAGAAGAAAUAUGUCGUACUGCCUGACCAGGUAGAUAAAGUGGUUCAGAUGUAUGAGACAAUGAUGAGCAAGCAUGCUACUAUGGUUGUUGGCCCGACUGGUGGAGGAAAAUCUGUUGUGAUCAAUACAUUAUGUCACGCUCAGAGCAAACUGGGAUUGCAAACCAAGCUGUAUCCCCUGAACCCUAAAGCCGUGAAUGUCAUUGAACUUUAUGGUGUUCUGGAUCCUGACACUCAUGACUGGACUGAUGGGAUUUUAUCUACCAUCUUCCGUGAGAUCAACAAGCCUUCUGACAAACAGGAGCGGAGGUACAUGCUAUUUGAUGGUGAUGUGGAUCCUCUGUGGGUCGAGAAUAUGAACUCAGUGAUGGAUGACAACAAACUCCUCACUCUAGCAAACGGAGAAAGGAUUCGUUUGCGAAGUCACUGCGCCCUCCUGUUUGAGGUUGGAGAUUUGCAGUAUGCUUCUCCUGUUACUGUUUCCCGCUGUGGGAUGGUUUUUGUUGACCCCCAAAACCUGCGAUAUGCCCCUUACUGGAAGAGAUGGAUCCAAAGCAGACCUGAGAAGGAACAAGAAGAGCUCAACAGACUGUUUGAGAAAUACGUGCACAGCUCGGUUGAUAUGAUUGUGAAUGGUGUUGUUGAUGGCAAACAGGGCCAGAAACUAGAGACUGUCGUUCCGCAGACAUCUGUGAAUAUGGUGACACAGUUGUGCCUGAUGCUGGAUGUGCUGCUUGAGAGCAUGAGCAGCAAUGCUGGAGUCAUGGAGGGCCUCUUUCUGGAAGCUCUGUACUGCUCACUAGGGGCCACAUUGCUGGAGAGUUGUAGGAUCAGGUUUGAUGAGUUCAUUAAAAAAGUUUCCUGCUUGACCAUAGUUCAAGAUGAAAAAGCCCUGGCUGGACCUGGUGAGAUUCCAGGUUACCUCCCAACUUUGUAUGACUUCCAUUUUGAUGGAAUACAAGAAAAGUGGGUUCCAUGGAGUUCCCUGGUUGCCCAAUACAUUCACAACCCUGAAAUGAAGUUUGCUGAUAUCCUAGUGCCAACUACUGACACCACAAGAACCAACUGGAUCCUGAAACAGAUGGUGAAGAUAAAAAGACCGGUGCUACUGGUUGGGAAGUCAGGCGCUUCCAAGACAGCCACCAUUCAUAACUUUCUGAAGAAUGUUAAUACAGAUACAGGGAAUACUUUGAUUGUCAACUUCUCAUCCACGACAACUUCACUGGACCUUCAGAGGAACUUGGAGGCUAACGUAGGGAAAAGGACCAAAGAGACCUAUGGCCCUCCUAUGGGGAAGAGACUGCUGGUCUUUUUAGAUGACUUAAGUAUUCCAAAGGUGGAUAAUUACGGCACACAACAGCCUAUUGCGCUUCUUAAGUUGCUGUUGGACCGAGGAGGCAUCUAUGACAGAGGGAAGGAGCUGAGCUAUAAAAUCCUCAAAGACCUUGAUUUUAUCGCUGCCAUGGGAAAAGCAGGAGGUGGAAGGAAUGAGGUGGAUCCUCGCUUCAUCUCACUCUUCAGUGUCUUCAGAAUUCCUUCUCCUACAGUGGAGUCCCUCCACCUCAUCUAUGCUUCUAUUAUCAAAGGCCACACACUGCCAUUUGAAGAUGCCGUACAGGAGGUUUGUGAUAAAAUCACCUUCUGUACACUGGAACUCUACAACGUCAUCAUCAAGGAAAUGCUGCCCACUCCCUCCAAGUUCCACUACAUCUUCAACAUGAGGGAUCUGUCGAGAGUUUUCAAUGGACUCACUCUCACCAAACCUGACAGGUUUUCGACUGUUACCCAGUUUGUGCGUGUGUGGAGAAAUGAGUGCCUGAGAAUCUUCCACGACAGACUCAUUGAUGAAACUGACAAAGCUCUGGUCCAAGGUCACAUAAGAGACCUAAUUGAGGAGCAUUUCACGUCAGACAUGGACGGAGCCAUGAAGGAUCCAAUUCUUUUUGGAGACUACACAACAGCCCUUAGUGAAACAGAACCAAGGGUCUAUGGGGACAUACAAGACUAUGAGGCUUCAAAAGCCCUGUUUCAGGAAAUCCUCGAGGAGUACAAUGAGACAAAGUUGAGAAUGAAUCUUAUACUGUUUGAUGAUGCCCUGGAACAUCUGACCCGUGUACACCGCAUCAUACGGAUGGAUGGUGGCCAUGCACUGCUCGUUGGUGUCGGGGGCUCUGGGAAGCGGUCCCUCGCAAAGCUUGCUGCCUUCGCUGCCGGAUGUGAGGUGUUUGAGAUUAAAGUGAGCAGAGGAUACAGUGAGUCUAACUUUCGGGAAGACCUGAAAACACUGUACUUGAAGCUCGGCAUUGAAAAUAAGAAGACAGUGUUCCUCUUUACUGAUGCUCAUGUUGCUGAGGAAGGCUUCUUUGAACUUGUUAACAGCAUGCUCACCUCAGGCAUGGUUCCUGCAUUGUUUCCUGAUGAUGAGAAGGAGUCAGUUCUCAACCAGCUACAAAGUGAGGCUCUUGAGAUGGGAGCAAGUCUUUCCAAAGAAAGCCUGUGGAAGUUCUUUGUCAACAAGAGUAGCAACAAUCUACACAUUGUUUUAGGCAUGUCUCCAGUGGGAGACACCCUGAGGACACAAUGCAGAAACUUCCCAGGACUAAUGAAAAACACUGUGAUAGACUGGCUCCUGCCAUGGCCUCCAGAGGCGUUACUUGCCGUGGCUCAGUCUUUCCUUGGUGAAAGUCCAAUGAUUCCUGAGGCACACUCUGCAGCAGUUAUAGAUCAUGUGUGCAUGGUCCAUAGCUCUGUGAUUCACUACAGCAAGUUAUUACAGCAAAAACACAGACGUUGCAACCAUGUUACUCCAAAGAACUACAUAGGCUUUAUCACCACAUAUUCUAAUCUCUUGGAGGAAAAGGACAAAUAUAUCCUGGCUCAAUGCGAGCGUCUAGAGGUAGGUUUGGAUAAACUGAAAGAAGCCAGUGAGCAGCUGGCAGAACUGAAUAUCACUCUGGGAGAUCAGAAGGUCGUCCUCGCUGAAAAGUCCAAAGCUUCUGAAGCCUUGCUGGAUGAGUUUGUCUCACACACAAGCAUAGCUGAGAAAAAGAAAUCUCUGGCAGAAGACAAAGCCAAGGAGAUUGAAGAGCAGGACAAAGUCAUAGCUCUUGAGAAGAAAAACGCUGAAAGUUCUGAAGCUUUUACAGCAUUCGAGGCAGCUCGCAACGCCCUGAAAGACCUGGAAAGAGCUGCUGUCACUGACGUCCGAUCUUUUGCCAAGCCACCCAAACCCUUGGAGUUGGUUUGUGGAUGCGUCAUGGUGCUGCGUGGCUACAAAGAAAUCAGUUGGCAGUUAGCCAAGGGGAUGAUGUCAGAGGGCAACUUCCUGCGUUCGUUGAUAGAGAUGGACUGCGAUUCCGUAAAUAACAACCAAGUCAAAACUGUCAGAGGCUCCCUAAAGAACCUUCAGACGAGCUUUGAGGAGAUGCAAGCUAUCAGCAAGGCAGGCUCAGUAAUGCUGAAGUUUGUGGAGGCGUUCCUAGGCUACUAUGAUGUUGCCAAACCCUAUAGAGAGAAGGUGUCACGUCUAGAGAAGAACAUCUUUCAGAACAAGCGGGAACUGGAGCAUAUUCAGGGUGAGCUUGCUGAUAUCCAGAAAGAACUGCCAGGUCUUGGAGAAAAGUAUGAAGCUGCUCUUGCGGAGAAAGGGUUGCUACAGGAGGAAGCUGAUCUCAUGGAGAAGAAGCUUGUAGUUGCUGACAAACUCAUGUCUGACCUGACCUCUGAGAAAGAAAGGUGGACAGAAAACUUGGAUAAGUUGAAGCAGCGGCGCAUGAGUCUCCUUGGUGACUGCCUGAUCUCUGCUGGUUUUCUGACCUACGAAGGGGCCUUCAGCUGGGACUUCAGGAAUGAAAUGGUAUACCAGAAAUGGGUUCGAGAUGUGCAGGAGAGAGGCAUUCCCUUGAGCCAGCCUUUCAAAUUGGAACACCUUCUUAGUGAUAAAUUGGAAAUCAGCAGAUGGGUCUCAGAGGGUUUGCCUCCAGAUGAGCUGUCCGUGCAGAAUGAAAUCCUCACAACCAGAGGGAGUUGUUUUCCCAUGUGUAUUGACCCUCAACAGCAAGCGCUCAACUGGAUUAAGAAGAAGGAGGAAAAAAACCUUAAGAUCUCAUCUGUCAAUGAUGAAGACUUCCUGACCCAGCUGGAGAUGGCCAUCAAGUAUGGCUUCCCUUUCCUUCUCAAAGAUGUGGAUGAGCACAUUGACCCAGUGAUUUACAAUGUCCUAGCGAAGUAUGUCAAAGGAGCAGAUGGUAGACAAGUCAUUAUGCUGGGUGACCACGGGCUGGAAUGUGAUCCCAACUUUAAGCUGUACCUCAACACCAAACUUGCAAACCCCAAAUAUUCUCAAUCAAUGUUUGGAAAUGCCAUGGUCAUAAACUACUCUGUGACACCUAAGGGUGUGGAAGACCAGCUGUUGAGCAUUAUCAUGCACUUUGAAAAGAAGGAGCUGGAGGAGCAGCGUGAGCGUUUGAUCCAAGACACAAGCAGCAAUAAGAAGCUGCUGAAGAACCUUGAGGACUCCUUACUCAGAGAACUCACCAUGUCUACGGGCAACAUGUUCGAUAACGCAGGGCUUGUCCAGGCUUUGGAGGAAACUAAGUCAAAAGCCUGUGAGGUGUUUGAGAAACUCAAGUUGGCGGAGAAAACGUCCAUGGACAUUGAUAAACUCAGAGAUGCCUACAGACCUGCAGCCAAAUGUGGUGCCGUCCUGUUCUUCGUGCUAACAGAGUUGGCUCUGGUGAACAACAUGUACCAGUAUUCGCUGGCCUCCUAUCUGGAAGUGUUUGAAUUUACCAUGCGAAAAGCUCAACCUUGCUCUGUUCUUCAGCAAAGACUAGAGAACAUCAUUAACACACUGACAUACAAUGUUUAUAACUACGGCUGCACAGGGCUGUUUGAGAGACACAAGUUGCUCUUUUCCUUUAACAUGACCAUCAAGAUAGAGCAGACAGAAGGGAGGGCACCUCAGGAGGAGCUGGAGUUCUUUAUCAAAGGUAAUCAAUCCCUGGAAAAAAGCAAACAUGGAAAGCCUCAUGACUGGCUUCCAGAUCAGGGCUGGGAGGACAUAGUGAAACUCUCAGAGCUCUUUCCAGAGCAGUUCAACUCUCUGCCUGACGACAUUGAGAAAAAUUCUGCAGACUGGAAAUCUUGGUUUGACUUAGAGCAACCAGAACAGGCUCCAUUUCCCAUGAAAUACAAUGAGAGUCUGUCAGCCUUCCAGAAGCUUCUGCUGCUACGUUGCUUCCGUGUCGACAGAGUCUACAGAGCGGUCGCUGACUAUGUCACGGUUACCAUGGGCAACAAAUAUGUACAGCCCCCUGUGAUCAGCUAUGAUGCGGUCUAUAAACAGAGCAAACCUUUCUCACCCAUCGUCUUCAUCCUGAGCCCUGGCUCUGACCCAACCAGUGACCUCAUGGAACUAGCAGAGAGGUCGGGCAGCAAGCUCAGGUUCCUUGCGAUGGGCCAAGGCCAAGAGAAGGUGGCGCUAGAUUUGUUGGAGAAGGCCGUGUCUCGGGGGCAGUGGCUGAUGUUACACAACUGCCACUUGCUGGGGAAGCGGCUAAAGGAGCUGGAGAAAGCCUUGGAGGGAAUCACCAAGCCCAACUCAAACUUCCGCUUGUGGCUCACCACCAGCCCCAUUAAGGAUUUCCCCAUUGGCAUCCUGAAGAAAUCUCUGAAGGUAGUGAUAGAGCCUCCCAACAGUCUCAAGUUGACCAUGAGAGCCACAUACUCCAAAAUCUCAGAUGAGACCUUGACAGCGUGCCCCCACCCUGCAUUCAGCCGCUUGGUGUACGUGCUGGCCUUCUUCCACGCUGUGGUGGAAGAGAGGAGCAAGUAUGGAAAGAUCGGCUGGAAUGUGCCCUGCGACUUCAGCCAGUCUGACUUCUUUGCGAGUGUGGAGGUCCUGAACACUUACCUGACAAAAACUCAUAACCAAGGAGACGACAUACCCUGGGAAAGCCUCAAAUACAUUAUCGGGGAGGUGAUGUACGGCGGCCGAGCAUUAGACACCUUCGACCGCAGGAUCCUGACUGUGUACAUGGAUGAGUACCUCGGAGACUUCCUCUUCUACACUUUCCGACAGUUCCACUUUUUUGUUAACAAAGAUGUAGAUUACAAGAUCCCUCCGGCUGGGCCGAAGGAAAUAUAUGUUGAUGAGAUCGACAACAUGCCACUUUCAAACACGCCAGAGGUACUGGGUCUCCAUUCCAAUGCAGAGAUAGGAUACUACACGCAAGCAGCUAAAGAAAUGUGGACUCACCUCAUAGACCUUCAGCCUCAGACGGGUGACUCUGACGUGAGCAUCCGUCGGGAACAGCACGUCAGCCAAGUGGCCCAGGACGUCGAGGAAAAGCUGCCCAAGUUAUUUGACGUGGACGUAAUCCGUGAAAAGCUCGGCACGGACAUUUCCCCGACGUCAGUGGUCCUGCUUCAAGAACUGGAGUGCUUCAACAAACUGGUGGUCUGCAUGCAGCACUCUCUGACUGAGCUGCAGAAGGCCUUGUCUGGGGAGGUGGGUAUGAGCAGUGAGUUGGAUGAAGUGGCUCUGGCCCUUUUUAACAAUCACAUCCCUGCCGACUGGAAGAAGCUGGCUCCUGACACCCUGAAGUCCCUCGGCAACUGGAUGAGCCAUUUAAUGAUGCGAUAUGAACAGUAUAGACGUUGGGUGGAUGAGGGAGAGCCCAAAGUCAUGUGGCUGUCAGGGCUCCACACCCCACAGUCGUACCUGAGUGCUGUGGUUCAAGCUGCGUGCAGGAAACAUGGCUGGCCUCUGGAUCACUCCACACUGUGCACACAGGUGACUCAAUACCGCAGCGAGGAGGAAGUCAGUGACAAACCCCAGCAGGGCUGCUUUGUUUCUGGCCUGUAUCUGGAGGGAGCAGACUGGGACAUGGAGAAGAGCUGCCUGGUGAAGAGUAAACCUAACGUUUUGGUUGCUGAACUGCCCAUCCUGAAAAUCGUCCCCAUAGAGGAGCAUCGCCGCUCGGUACAGAAUACACUGCGGACACCAGUGUACACCACUUCAUUGCGGAGGGACAGGAUGGGUGUGGGGUUGGUGUUUCAGGCAGACCUGCCCACCACAGUGCACAUCUCCCACUGGGUCCUUCAGGGAGUCUGUCUGUACCUCAACACUGACUGAGGACGGCCCUCAGCCUCAGUAGCUUCCACAAAAUCAGAAAUGUUCAUUUAUUGACUAAUAGUUCGGAGAAAAAAAAAUCUUUACUUGUUUUUAAUGUAAAAUGUUUCUUUAUUUAUGUUUUCUCUAUUUAACGUGCAAAUGAGUAAUUCAAUAGAAGUUUUCUCAAAUAAAUUCACACUAA